CUCCUCCACCUCCUCCACCUCCUCCUGCUCCUCCUGCUCCUCCUCCUCCACAGCCGUCCCUCCAUCUUUAGACGUGGGUCUCUGGAUCAUGGCAUGCUGUCCUCCCCACCGGACGUCAUCUUCAUCCUCCUGCUCCUCUUUCUCCUCCUCCUCGUCUGAUCAUGGGGCUUCGCUCCCGGGCCGUCGCUAACGUCUCAGAGGAGCAGAAGAAGAAGUCGUUCGCCGGCGCUCCUCCUUCUCCUCUUCCUCCUCCUUCCUCAGUGGACCUCCUAGAGCAGGGAGGAGUGGACAAAGAUGGCGCCCUCCUCCUGGUGGCGGCGGGUCGUGGUUCUCAGGGCAUCGGGGUGGGUCUGUUGGCCAAGACCCCCCUCAACUACACCAGGCCCAACAAGAGGAGUAAACUUCGCAAAAGAAAGAUCCAGAACCUGAUCUACGACACUCUGGAGAGACCGCGAGGAUGGGCGCUGCUGUACCACGCCUUCGUGUUCCUCAUCGUCCUUGGUUGUUUGAUUCUGGCCAUUCUCACCACCUUCAAAGAACACGAGAAGAUCUCUGCUCAUUGGCUCGUCAUCCUGGAAACCUUUGCUAUCUUCAUCUUCGGAGCAGAGUUUGCGUUGAGGAUCUGGGCCGCAGGAUGUUGCUGUCGUUACAAGGGAUGGAGGGGUCGGCUGAAGUUUGCUCGCAAACCUCUGUGUAUUCUGGACAUCUUUGUGCUGAUCGCCUCUGUACCAGUGGUGGCAGUGAGGAACCAGGGGAACGUUCUGGCCACGUCCCUGCGGAGCCUGAGGUUCCUGCAGAUCCUGAGGAUGCUGCGAAUGGACCGCAGAGGAGGAACCUGGAAACUCUUGGGUUCUGCCAUCUACGCACACAGUAAGGAACUGAUCACGGCCUGGUACAUCGGGUUCUUGUCCCUCAUCCUGGCCUCGUUCCUGGUUUACCUGGUGGAGAAGGACGACGUGUCUACAGACGCGCUGGACCAGGGUGACCCCACGGCUCCGCCCAAAACCCAGGACUUUGACACCUACGCAGACGCCCUCUGGUGGGGGCUGAUCACCUUGACAACCAUCGGUUACGGAGACAAAACUCCAAAGACGUGGGCGGGAAGACUGUUAGCUGGUACCUUCGCUCUGAUUGGAGUCUCCUUCUUCGCUCUGCCCGCGGGAAUCCUGGGUUCUGGUCUAGCUCUGAAGGUCCAGGAGCAGCACCGACAGAAACACUUUGAGAAGCGCCGACAUCCAGCAGCCGGACUCAUCCAGUCUGCCUGGAGAUACUAUUCCACCAAUCCGGUCAGAGAAGACUUGAUCGCCACCUGGAGGUUUUAUGAAACCGUCAUCUCUUUGUCCAGCACAAGGAAGGAUCACCUGGAGGUCAUGGCGAGUCAGAAGCUGAGUCUGCUGGAGCGGGUCCGUCUUCCUAACAGCAGACCUGCAGGGGGCUCCACCAGGAGGUUCGCGGCCCAGACUGAGGCCGUGGAGGAGAGUCCUUCCAAGGAACACAAACCUGCCGGGUUCAGCAACCGAGAGCGGCUGCGAACAGCGUUCCGUAUGAAGGCCUACACUCUCCGGCAAAGUUCCGAAGAUGCUGGAGCUCUGGCUGAUCCGGCCUUAGAAGAUCGGGGUUUUCCUCCGGAGGUUCUGCUGGAGGAGAUGAUUCCAACGCUGAAGCUGGUCAUCAGGGCCGUCAGGAUCAUGCAGUUUCUUCUCAACAAGAAGCGUUUCAAGGAAACUCUGAGGCCGUACGACGUCAAGGACGUGAUCGAACAGUACUCCGCCGGACACCUGGACAUGCUCUGCAGGAUCAAGUACCUCCAGACCAGGAUCGACAUGAUCCUGGCCCCGGGACCCCCGCUCACCCCCAAACACAAGAAGGUCCAGAAGACUCCGUUCACCUACCCCAGCACCCAGUCACCCAGACACGAGUCUUAUCCAACCAAAGCUGCCUCCAUGCCAGACGCUGACGACCAAAGCAUGAUGGGAAGAUUUGUGAGGGUGGAAAGACAGGUGGAGGACAUGGAGAAGAAGUUGGACUUCCUUGUGGACAUGCAUAUUCAGCACACGGAGCACCUCCAGGUGGACUCGGCGGGUACUGCCCGCAUGACCCUGGAGACCUGCCAUCCAACGGCCGACGGGGAAAUCCGACGGGUUUUCCUCAACUACGCCGAGGCCUUUCCCCACAUGUCCUACCAGGUCCCACUCGACAAGGUAAACCCGUACUUCAGUGGAGCCAGACAAGGAAUGGGGGGGGUGGGGUUAACAAGAGGUCAGCCGCCGCGUCCGUACCAGCAACACCCUCUGGGUUGUAUCCCGACCUACGCAGAGCGUCCCACCGUGUUGCCCAUCAGCUCUCUGCAGGAGCUGUCUGCAGUACAAGGCAGGACCACAGGGGGGCGGGGGGCUGACUCACCGCUCUCCAUGCUGUCGGUGAACCACGAGGAGCUGGAGAGAUCGCCCAGUGGCUUCAGCAUCUCUGGGGAGCGGGAGGGGGACCAAGGGGAGGACCUGUCUGCAGAGGCCAGGUUGGCCACGGGGGGCGCCAACUGGUCCAGACCCCGGCCCAGCUACCUGGCUGAGGGGGAGACCGACACAGACACAGAUCCUUUCACCCCGAGUGGGGGGCCUCUGCCGCUCUCCUCCACUGGGGAGGGACUGGACGACGCCGUGUGGACCACACCUCCCUGAGGAGCCGCUCUGAAAACUCCUCAGAAAUCCCAGACACAUUUGGGUUCUGGACCAACGAGUGGAUUCUGUCGUCCAGGUCGGUCCAGUGCGGUGAGGAUGACGGCGAGGUCGUCCGCAUCCGAACCCAGAGCCGCAGCGUCAAGAGGGAACAAAGGGAAACUUCACAAGAGAGGACAACAGAAGCGUGGGCCGUGUACAGAGAACUCCUCCCAAAGACCUCACGUACAAAUAUACAAACAAAUAUAUUCAACGUAAAAAGCUUUAGCGCUCCAACGCCAACAGCACUGCAUGUGACGCAUGCCAUUUUUAGCGUAGAAACUGCGAAGUUCAGGAAACAGAAGAAGAGGCUGAACGUAAACUUGCUAUGCCAUUUUUUUCUAACACUUUUUUUUUAUACACAUUGUCAUCGGAUCGAGUCGUUUGUUUUUUGACUUGUCUGUUUGUUUGUCUGCAUGGUUUGCAUGGUGAUGUACCACUAGAGGGCACCAGUGUACAGUCAGAGGCUGAAACUGGAACCAAAAGACUCCUGUUGAAUUUUAGGUUUGUCGAUGAUAAGUUUACGUGAGUGAUACGUGUCGCCGGUCAGGUGUCGCAGGUUAGCUUACGUUUACUUAAAGGCGAGAAAUAGUUCACGUCUGUAUCGCACCCUUCGACGGGCGCAAACAGGAGCUGCUGGUCCACUGCUGCCUCCUGUGGUUAGUCGGUGUACAGUGUUGAUUUGUUUUUCUGAAGCAGCUGACGUUAUUGCUAACAGUAAAAUCGUUCAAUUCUCUUUUGCGUUGACCUCUAAAAUCACACUUUGAAACAGGUGGCGUUUGUUUGUUUGUUUGUUUGUUUGUUGUUUAAAAAGGAGCACUUUACAGCAGGUGUGGUGACGCGGCUCGCUGCCAUUGGUCAUCAUUCUAAUGUCAUACUGAGAAACUGCACUGAUCUGGGUAUUGUCACAUCCGACCGGGUGACAUCCGACCGGGUGACAUCCGACCGGGUGACAUCCGACGCGGUGGAUUAUUUGUGCCUUGUUGUUCUGCUCUUUUCUUUUUUUGUGGGAAAAAAAGUAUUUUCUUUUCACAGAGAACCACCAGGGGGCGUCAGUUGUUAUGGUGUAGACGUGCAGCGGCGUUUUCUUCUUCUCUGACUCACCUUGACAUUUAUGAAAAUAAAAGAACAAAUUUCAGGUCGGAAUUUUUUUUUUUCCUGAAUUUUCUCUUCAGUUUCAUUUCUUUCCUUCGUUUUUUUUUUCUCACGUUUGAAUUGAAAUCUUUUCUUUUCUCGUCUGUUUCUCUUUAAAGACAAAAAUAUGCAAAUAUAAUUCAAGCUAAAUCAUUUCACCAGUUAUUAAUAAAGUAUCAGAGUGAAAAUUCAA